GGGAAGUGGGGAACAGAGCGGAGCUGGCAGGCAGGACAAAGAGGGCACAGAAACUUCUGCAGAGCCAGGGACAUGGAUUAACCAAAGGCCUGAAUCCAAACUUAGUGUCCAGCAGCCUGAAUGGUAACCAGGAGGAGAGAAGCUCUGGCGCUAUCUUCAGCGUGGCACUGGUUGAGGUUCAUUCUCUGUCUCCGGAACCAGAUUGACCAUCAUAGCUUGCAUCAAAGCAGGCAAUGGAGGUGCCGCUUGUUAAUUUUGAAAACAUGGACGAUGUUGGUAUCAACUUAGGUGACCCAAGUGACUCGGGUUACCCGACCUCACCCAACUCAGAGGCUCCUGAUCAGAACUUGCUGGCCCACCGGCUGGCUUCUCCUCCUCAGUCGCCACGCAGAGGACGACGACAGCGUCAGUCUGGACAGGAAGGGUUGUCCCCCUCCACUCCUCCAACUCUUACCUCCAAGGCAAACUCCAGCAGUGGCAGUCUUAUCUCCAGUCUGAAGCUCCUGGCAAACAGUGAGUCUCCCACUGACAGUGUCUUCAGUAAGAUGCUAAAGGAUUAUUAUGAGAAUGAAGAUCUGUUCGAAAAGCACUGCCUGGAGGAGAAAGAUGAGAAAGUCGUCAUAAAUAUUUCUGGCUUGAUGUUUGAAACCCAACUCAGUACCCUGAGUAAGUUUCCAGAGACACUGUUGGGUGAUCCCAUGAAGCGGUUACAAUACUUUGACCCAAUGAAGAAUGAGUAUUUUUUUGAUAGAAAUCGUCCAUCAUUUGAUGGGAUUCUCUACUAUUACCAGUCAGGAGGGAGACUCCGCAGACCAGCCAAUGUUCCCUUAGACAUUUUUGCUAAUGAAAUUGUUUUCUAUGAGUUGGGCCAUGAAGCAAUGGAGCAGUUUCGUGAAGAUGAAGGGUUUAUUAAAGAACCUGAAGUCCUCUUACCCACCAAUGAACUGAAGAAGCAGUUCUGGCUCCUCUUCGAAUACCCUGAGAGCUCCAGUGCGGCCAGAUCUGUGGCUCUGGUCUCUGUCUUUGUCAUUGUCAUUUCCAUCUUUAUUUUCUGUCUGGAGACUCUUCCGGAGUUCAGGGAUGACAGCGAUUUUCCUCCAGGUUUCAUCCAAAUGAUCAAUGGAACUGCCUCUUACCCUGCCCCUAAAACUGUGUGGACAUAUCUCACGGACCCAUUUUUCAUUGUGGAGACUAUUUGCAUUAUAUGGUUCUGCUUUGAGCUUGGUGUCCGUUUUGUGGUUUGCCCCAGUAAGAGUGAUUUUUUUAAUAACAUCAUGAAUAUUAUUGACAUUGUGUCUAUAAUUCCUUAUUUUGUCACCCUGGGAACCGAGUUGGCCACAAAGCCGGACGAAGAUUUGAAUGCAGGUCAGAAUAUGUCCUUGGCAAUUCUAAGAAUCAUUCGACUUGUGAGAGUCUUCAGAAUUUUUAAGCUCUCCCGCCACUCCAAAGGUCUUCAGAUUUUGGGUCAAACCCUAAAAGCCAGCAUGAGGGAACUGGGGCUGCUAAUCUUCUUCCUCUUCAUUGGAGUCAUCCUUUUUUCCAGUGCCAUCUACUUUGCAGAAGUGGAUGAGCCCCAGACGCAGUUUGUUAGCAUCCCUGAUGGCUUCUGGUGGGCUGUGGUAUCCAUGACCACUGUUGGUUAUGGGGACAUGUGCCCAAUUACAAUGGGAGGCAAAAUGGUCGGCACCCUCUGUGCCAUUGCUGGUGUCUUGACCAUUGCCCUGCCAGUCCCUGUCAUUGUCUCCAACUUCAACUAUUUCUAUCACCGUGAGACCGAGCAGGAAGAGAAACAAGUGAUGGAUGCAGCUGCAGAAGCUGCCCAGAAAAUGUCAGCUGCUAACAAGUAUGGAAGUACCCUUUCUCUCAACAAGAGUAAUGGCACAUUUCAAAAUGAGAAAAAUGGCAUGCACUGAGAAAGAUAAGUAAUUUUUAUUAAUGUUAGAGGAAGAUAGACAUUUAAAAAAUUAAGCAUAUGUGUUAAUGAGACAAACUUGGUUUAUUCACUCAUCUUUUUGUACUUCAAAACACUUGUGCAAAUGAUUACAGUAUUAUUAGGCACCAUGUGGUGAGACAACCAGUACACAAACUGUCUGUCUGCAUGUAGAUGUGUCAAAGUGCAAUUAACAUAACUCAGCAACUACUGUUUCAGUAACUCAGAGAAUACACGGUGCAGCAAAAUAGGACUUCUACAACAGACCGACAUUCCACCUAAAAAUUGGCUUGCUUAGACAGAAAUAGUGUAUAUUUGUCCAUCAGAUGAAAACAAAUCAAGUAAUCUGAGCUCACAUAGUUCAUUGUUAGUCUACACUUUAUCAUACUCAGCAAAAUCAAGAUUGAUCUUGGCAACAUGUUCAAGGGCAGGCAAGUGUUGGACGGUGUAACAAUAGACAUUGGCAUACACAUUGUCUUCUCAGCAGGUCUAUAGGUGCAAACGUACAGCCUGCGGCACCUUUCCAUGUAACACUAUCUGUGUGAUAAAUAGCUGGCAGAGUAGCGUGUCUGCUAUUAAUCUUAUAGCUAGCCUGCAAACUUAAAUAUAAACCUGCUUAAUCUUCACCAUACAUGAAAAAGGUUUGCAUGCAGCAGUUUUAGUGAUCAAAAAGGCAGGUUGCUUUUUUUAUCCACAGGUUUUAUUAUUAGAAUUUGGCACCAAGCCCAGAUGAACAUGGUUUUGGCUGUAAAUGGAACAUGUCAACACUUGUUGUAAAGUGAACUUACCCUUUAAAACUGCAUCACUUCAUUGCACUGAAAAUGUUUUUCUAUGUGUGUCUUAAGCACUUUAGGAGCUUCACAUCAUCCAUUGUUGGCAGGGAAAAUGUGUUUAAGUAUACAGAAAUGUGAGAUAAUAUAUAUAGACUAGACUAGGUUAGGGCAAAAAAAAAGAAGUUUUUUUAAAGUAUUUUUUCAUCUGCCUUUUUAUCUCUUACUUCAAUGCAUGGCAUAGUGGCUAAGCUGAGGCUUAAUCCCCAUUAUCAUAUCUGAACAUUUGAUACAUACACACACACCCACACACACACACACACACACACCCACAUAUAUAAAAGACUGAAUUUAUUAUGGUAUUUUAAACUUAUAAUAAGAAACAAUUUAUUUGACAUGAGAUUGAGAGACAUACAAUGAUAAUGAGCUAACUGGGUUUGUGAUCACAUAUGACUUGUAAUUUCCAUAAGAAACACGUGAAUUGGAACCAUUUAUGCAUGAAACAGUUCUGUCACUGAAAACUUAAUGUAUGCAAGUGUCUUGUUCAUAUAAAUAUUACUUGUACUGAAAUGUCAGUGAAUGUAAUUGUAACUCAGUCAAUGCCUUUAUAAUCCUAAAGAAUGCAAUAUGGUGAUAAUGUGUGGGUCUAAAAGAACAUUGUGUUCUUCAUCCAUUGAAAAAGUUGUACCUGCUAGGAAAAUAUAAUCCAAUAAGGUGACAUGAGUAGGUCACUUCAGUAAUUAGCACUUUACUAUGUUACGAAGCACUGAAUAUGUUAAGACUGUUACUGUAUGUGUCAACGUUGUACAGUACACAGUGUCAUAAUUUGCUAUGUU